AUGAAGAUUUUGACGUGGAAUAUCAACGGAAUUCGUGCCGCUCGAAGAGACAAAUCGUUGAAGGAAGUCUUAGACUCUCUUGAUGCUGAUGUUAUUUGUUUGCAAGAAACGAAAGUUACCCGUGAGUGAUAACCUUAAUGAAGGGUCCUGUUAAUUAAUAUCAUUCGGUUGUUACUUGGUCUUUUGGGAAAGUGAAGCUUUCUUUCAAAUGGCCCACAUUUGAAAUGGGUCUUGCAAAAUUGACAUUUGACUGCAGGCAUGGGCUCAUAAAGUUUUGUUCUGACCCAUUGGAAACCCGAGGGGGUUGUGGGGGGUGGGGGAUGGGGGGGGGGGGAGUUUGGGUUUUUUUUUUGGGGGGGGGUUGUCCCGGGGGGAUCCGGGCCCCUAACCCAGACCUACUCCGGUACAUUUUGGCUCCCCUAUAUUAUCAAACCCUUUGGUAGACCUAGAAUUGGGGGUGUUGUGUAUUUAUUUUUUGGGUGUGUGUUGUUCUUUUUUGGGAAGUGUGAUUUUUUUUUAAACAGGCCCAAAUUUGAAAUGGGGUUUUAAAAUUUCGUUUUUGACGUGGGGGGGGGGGUUAAUAUUUUUUUUUUCCACCGGAUGGGGAGCGGGGGGGGUUGGGGGGGGGGGGGGGGGGGGGGGGGGGGGAAUUUAGGUUUUUUUUUUCGGGUGGGGAUGUGCCGCUGGGAUCCCGGAACCUAUACCAGAGCUAGUUCAGUUCAAUUUUGCUGACCUGUACUUGACUACACUCUUAAUACCCCUCCCUGUACUACAGUGACUAUUUUCCAUCUAUCAAUGUUUUCUUUGCUGUUAAACUGAGUUGAGGGUAAAUUUGAAUUUGUGUUUUCAUUUUUGUACCAGUCAGUUUCCAGUUUAUCAAGUCUAAAUUAACGUCUUUAACCAAUUGAUCAGCUUCCUGAAAAAAUAUACCUUAUUCUAGACCCAAAUUUUAUACCAGACUAAACUGCUUAUUAAUAAAUACCAUAGCCCUCACAGCAGCACACAUCGAUAUAGCCCAUUUAUGGCAGUAGCCCCCCUUUCCCAGGUUUAAGAACUGCUUGGUUUAGGCUCAGUUUUUCAACGUGACAUUGGGUGGGGUUGGGAGUUCUCUGACCAGUCUGACCAGAUGCUAGACUAUUCUAUUACCUUCUUACCUGGUAACUUAGGAUUGAUGACACUACGGAAUGACGCCUAUUGAAAUGUUUCAUUAGAGUCAAAAUAAGUUACAAGUUGAGCGAAUGCAGUUCCUCCAAAAAGGAGGGUAGCAUGAAAGUUUCUCGCGAUGAAGUUGAAUUAUCUUUGUUUGAUAGAAACAAUUAGCUAACACUUCACUCAGAGAUUCAAAGGACACGACACACGUUGGCAUCCUUUAUGAGUCCACAAACAGUCACGGGAUUCGUGAUUUUACAGCCUACACUUAUCAAUGGGUGCCAUUUGGCAAUGCUUAUAAAUUUCACUCAAGUUAUUGUUGGUAUUUUCCAGGUGAAAUGCUGGAUGAAGUAACUGCUAUUGUAGAUGGAUACAAUGCCUAUUUUAGCUUCUCCAAAGUUAAAACAGGCUACUCAGGUGAGGCAUAAGUGAAAGCAUUUCAAUUUGUUGCUCUGCUCGAAUACCAGCAACUUAAAGACUGGGAUUUUUUCUUUUACUUGAAGACACAGUCACUCCUUAAAUGGGUUACUUCAGAGAACCAAACAAUCCACACCCCUCCCCUUCUUCUCCAUCCAACGUUGCACUGUUAAUUGCUCAAACAGUGGAACAGUACACUAUUAAGUGGAAGGGUGGGUGAGGAAAGCUUCAUUUUUGCCUUUUGGAGUCCACAAUUGAAACAUUCAAAACGUCAGAAAGGCUCUUGAGCGUUAAGUGUCUCAACUAAUUUUGUCAGUGGUUUAUAUUCAUUUUUCAUGAAAGUCAUCAGCCAGGAAGGAUUUGACCUGAAGAAAGGCUCACCCCCCACUAGCAGUAGUGCUAUAAAUACUGCCAAGGGUAAAUAACAGAGGUAUUCUUCUGUUAUUAUUAUUAUUAUCACUCAAUAAUUUUUUUUCUGUUUCUUGCUGUCAAAAAGAGAAAAAAAAGUUUGUGCAUUGCGCAUUGAUUGAGAGUUGAAAGAGUGAUAUGGAUAGCUGAUGUACAAGAUAUUCCACUGUUAACAAGCUCUCUUGAUAUAUUUGCCAAUAGGAUAUUAGUUUAUGUAGAGGAUGUUACAAAAAUGAAAAUAAAUUCCUUUCUUUUUAAAGUGCCCCCUGUAGCCUUAGACCUCCAAAAUAAAGAAAUGACCCCAGCAUCUAUUAAAUCAUUUACAGUACUGAUUAGAAGGAUUGCUGUACACAUGUAUUAAUGUUAGAUAACUAAUUCAAUUAUGUUAAAAGGUGUGGCCACAUUUUGCCGUGAUUCAGUGACACCUGUUGCUGCAGAAGAGGGCCUCUCAGCUUCCCUUACCCCACAGCCCUCUAUAGGCUGCUAUGGUAGCACCUCUGACUUCACUUCUGAAGAGUUAGAAGCUUUAGAUGCUGAAGGUCGUGCUGUCCUUACAGAGCAUAGUUUCCCUGAUGGCAAGAAUGUUGUUAUCAUUAAUGUGUAUUGUCCCAGAGCAGACAAGGAGAACAAAGAUAGAGUGAACUUUAAGCUAAGAUUUUAUAAAUUGCUGCAAGAAAGAGCUGAGGCACUUGUCAAUGGAAGAAGGUACAUUAUAUUUAUUAAUAAAUGUUAUUAUUUUUUACCUUGCCUUGCCAUCCCUGGAGAACCAUUAAUUUUUCAGGACUGCAUUUCCAGGUGAACUAAUGAAUUGUCUGGAAUGAAACUAAAAAUUGACUUCUAAUAAUCCAACUGUUCAAUUCUUCCUCCAAUAAUAUGUGCCUUGCACGAGCUUGUGAAAGAAUACGUUAUGCCACAUAUGUAGUUGCUCAAUAGGUGGAUAAUGUUAUUCGCAGUCCGACAGAUCUUUAUCCAGUGGAUACUGCAGCCAGUAGAUAGCAUUACCCUUUAAUUCCAGCUUUUGAACUACUGGCGAGAGGAAUUAGUUGGAUUUCUUGGACUACACACACUUUCUACUAUGUUUAGGCAGAUCUUGACAAAGUCUCGACAUCUUGAAAUCUCAACAACUUGAAAUCUUGGCUUGAGAUGUGAACAAGUUGACAGCUUGCAUGUCCCCUUCAGGCCCCUUAUUUAUUUGUUUACUCCCUGCACUACAAGAUUUGCCAGGUGGUGUGGCUCUUUCAUAAUCUUUAUGUUGGUUUGUGUUUGUUGUAGGCAUGUGAUAGUUCUAGGUGACAUAAACACAGCACACAAAAUGAUUGACCACUGUGAUCCUGAUGAAGAGGUAAAAAAUGGUGCUCACUGA